AAAUCUUUUAAUGUUUCUUGUCACGGAAGAUAAACUUUUAUUCUUGGUCAAUUGUAUAGCGUUGCGUAGGUAUUCAAAUACCUAACUAGACAACUUUUGAGAUUUUUUUAUUACCGUAUGGAGGCAUGUAAAGGAAAAACAAGCUAAAUCCAUCUAAAUUUUGUAAGGCACGAAACGGCAAAUCUGUACCAUUUUGUAAGCUGGGUUGACUCAAAUAGGCUUUCGUUUUCUUGAGUGUAUUACUACUUCGAUAUGCGUUUCUGAAGCCGGGAGGAUUAUUUCAACUUUUUUAUUGAUUAAUUUUGGUUGUAUGUUUGGAGUUGCAACUGAUAAAUCGAAGUCGAGGAGGAGCUCGAAAAUGGCAGGAGCGAGAGUGCUCCUUAUACUUUUCAUCUUCCCUCCCUUGCUUAUUGUACAAGGUCAUUUUAGUUUCCACUUCAGCCAAUUCAAUGCAUCGACCCUUGAAUUGUUUGGAGAUGCUUCACUGCAGUCCAAAGCCAUCUCUCUUACUCAUCAAUCCCAGUUCAGUAUCGGCCGUGCUUUUUAUCGACAACCUGUGCGUAUGAAAGAUAGUGGUCUGAAUUCUACUUUCUCCUUUAGCACAACUUUUGUGUUUAGCAUUGCCCCCUCUUCAGUAUCAGUAAGCGGUCAUGGAAUGGCGUUUAUAAUGACGCCUCACAGAUCUCCAAAGGGAUUUUUAAGAGCUGCGUUCCUUGGCUUGAUUAGCAAUCUCUCGAGCUUGGGAGAGGCCUCUAAUCAUCUGUUUGCAGUCGAGUUCGACACAAUAAAGAGCACGGAAUUUAACGACAUCAACGACAAUCACGUUGGUGUGGAUCUCAACGAUCUCAUAUCUGUAGACUCCAAGGCUGCGGGCUACUGGAUUGAUAACAGCAAGUUCCAAAAUGUGGAUCUCAAAAAAGGGCAGAAUAUUCAAGCUUGGAUUGAUUAUGACAAUCUCCAAAGCGAGCUCAAAGUCACCAUUGCGGAGGCUGGUCUUGAUCGCCCACAAAAGCCUCUGAUAUAUAUGAAAAAUAUAUCCCUGUCCAACAUUCUACAAGAUGAAAUCUACGUUGGUUUCUCAGCAGCUACGGGAGCCCUUUUCGAAGAGAAUUGCAUCCUGGCCUGGAGCUUUGCUACAAACGGAUCUACCCCGUACCUGAAUGCAUCUAAUCUCCCAUCCUUUCUACACAGAAAAUCGAAGACCUCAAACUCCAAACGGAUAGCUAGCAUUAGCACAGUUUGCGUGGUUCUGCUCGUGCUAGCGGUGGUAGCAUUACUUGUUCGGUUGAAAAGAAACCAGUAUAGAGAUAUCAUUGAAGAAUGGGAGGAGGAGUAUUGGCCUCACAGGUUCAACUACAAAGACUUACAUAUUGCUACCAAGGGCUUCGGAGACGAAGAACUUAUAGGGUCCGGAGGCUUCGGCCGAGUCUACAGAGGAGUACUUCCCACAAAUGGCCUCCAAGUAGCGGUGAAAUGUAUUCUUAGAGAAACCUAUGAUGGGGUGAAAGAAUUCAUAGCAGAGAUCUCCAGUCUCGGUCGCCUUCAACACCGAAAUCUUGUGCAAAUCAGAGGGUUCAGCAGGCUGGGCAAAAAGCUAUUCAUAGUUUAUGACCACAUGCCAAAUGGGAGCCUGGACAAGAUGAUAUUUGGAAACCCAAAGAUUGUGUUAGGAUGGAAUCAAAGGUACAAAAUCGUCAGAGAUGUUUCUGCGGGGCUGCUGUAUCUACAUGAAGAGUGGGAGCAACGUGUAGUGCACAGAGACAUCAAGUCCAGCAACGUUUUGCUGGACUCGGAUCUCAAUGGAAAGCUAGGAGAUUUUGGGCUUGCCCGUCUGUACGAGCAUAACGAAAAAUCGCAGACCACUCGAGUGGUUGGAACGCUGGGGUACAUCGCACCGGAGCUCAUACACACAGGAAAGGCCAGCCCAGCCACAGAUGUUUUCAGCUUCGGUAUCUUUCUGUUGGAGGUUGCAUGUGGAAGGAGACCUGUUGAUCUCUCUCUGCAGCCUGCUCAAAUAGUCAUGGUGGACUGGUUGAGGGAGCUCCAUGCCACAGGCACUCUCAUGGAUGCAGCCGACCCGAAGCUUGGUGGACAAUAUGUUGAAGCAGAGAUGGAGAGAGUGCUUAAACUGGGGCUGCUCUGUUCUUAUCCUCAGCCAGAACGCAGGCUUGGCAUGAGACAUGUUUUGCAAAUACUUGAAGAAGAAUCUUCAAUACCAAAUUUUGAUGAUCUGUUUAAUUUUGAGAGUAGAAACAGCAGUACUUAGAGGUCUCCUCCAUAUUUGAGCCACAGCACAGAUGCUUCCACUUCCGUGUCUUUGGACAGACAACAGACUCUGAACAACUAGGUCAAACGUCAACUGAUCAGAAGAAAAAAAUUUGAAAUAGUUGAUGGCUUUUUUGAAGGCCUUUCAGGCAUUUUUCGUUCUUGAAAGUGGCGUUCUUUCAGAUUUUGGCCUACAACUCUUAUUUCGAAUCCUGUGCAGAAAGUUAUGCCCAAUUAAAGUUAGGACAAAUUUUAUAUAAUUUUUUUGAAAAAUUACAUAGUUUAGAUUUUAUUAUGUAAAUAAACUUGAUAUGACUGUUGGUUUUCUAUUCUCAAGGAGUUGUUGGUGACCCUUG